AGCAAUGAGAGGCCCCGAGAGAUGGCUGUGGAGGGGAAGCGGCACUUUGAUUGAGAGCAAGGUCAGGAGCGCGCUGCCCCACGCUCUCCUCCACUAAGAAGUUCCUUGGACACGAACAGACGUCGACUGCAGCUGGACAGGACGCAGAGCGAAGGAGCUAGCGAGCGCCACCGAAUCCCCCGCGCCCGCCGCGGGAAGAGGCAGUUCGCGCGCGCCCCGCGGUCCAGGCUCGGCCCCGGAGCGUCCCGCACAGCCAGCGCCGCCGUCGUCCUCGCCAUGGCUGAGGUGGGGGGGGUCUUCGCCUCCCUGGAUUGGGAUCUGCAUGGCUUCUCUUCGUCUCUGGGGAACGUGCCCUUAGCUGACUCUCCGGGUUUCCUGAACGAGCGCCUGGGCCAGAUCGAGGGGAAGCUGCAACGCGGCUCGCCCACGGACUUUGCCCACCUGAAGGGGAUACUGCGGCGGCGCCAGCUCUACUGCCGAACCGGCUUUCACCUAGAGAUUUUCCCCAACGGCACGGUGCACGGCACCCGCCACGACCACAGCCGCUUCGGAAUUCUCGAGUUUAUCAGCCUGGCUGUGGGGCUGAUCAGCAUCCGAGGUGUGGAUUCUGGCCUAUAUCUAGGAAUGAAUGAGAGAGGAGAACUAUAUGGAUCAAAAAAACUCACACGUGAAUGUGUUUUCCGGGAACAGUUUGAAGAGAACUGGUACAACACCUAUGCCUCCACCUUAUACAAACACAUGGACUCAGAGAGACAGUAUUAUGUGGCCCUGAAUAAAGAUGGCUCACCCCGGGAGGGAUACAGGACUAAACGACACCAGAAAUUCACUCACUUUUUACCUAGGCCAGUAGAUCCUUCUAAGUUGCCCUCCAUGACCAGAGACCUCUUCCACUAUAGGUAAUAGAUCUCCAUUGUGACAUCUGUGACCCAUGUACUCUGGAGCCACAGUUGUCUCUGCAAGCACUAUACUCAUAGCUGUUCAAUUCUUCCUAUCAGUUUAGAUAACACAGAAGCACUUACUGUUCAACUUGACCCAGCUGGUCCCUUGUUCAAAGUGUAUAUCAAGGUUGAGUUAUUUUGGGGAUGGGUGUGGGAGGAGGGGUGGGCCCAAGGGAAUCUUGUAUAUACUUUUUUUUACUCAUGUUCUAGUCCCUGGAGGUGGCACAACAGAGAACAGGGACCUCUGCCAAGGCUAGGGGUGUCUUGCCCCACAAUCUACCCAAAUACCUUUUGACAAUGGGUGCAAAUGAAAGACCAAGGAAUCUGCCAUACAUGCUACUUACAGAUCUUUGGAAAGUCUCAUUAAGAAGAUCCUUGGGGCUCCAGCCCUGCUGCAGAUUUGCAGAUCUGCUCUGCAGAUUGCUCAUUCGUCCUGACAUGCAGUUUUCCUGCCACUGGAAGUGGAAGAUGGGGUAGGUUAUAAGAAAAUGAUAUUAAAAUGUAAGCAUGGAUACUGUGCAUAAGGACAAACUAUUUAUGAAAUGUAUAUGCUAUUUAUUUUAUAUAUUUAUUUAUUUCAAAAUAAUUUUAUUUU